AUGUUUGCGCCUCGACCCGUAUCCAGAUUAAUAGGGAGAUCUGCACGAUUCAGGCCCCCAAACCAGCGCAUAUUCCCGGCCCUUCGUCCACUGAUCCCUUUUCCCAGCGCCUUUGCACAACAUGUGCCGUACUCCGCGAAGUCGACUCCUGAACCUCCCGCAAGCGAGAAGGUCCCGGUAGACGUGUCGAAGGCAAAGCGCUCGUCUAGGUCUUCGGCGACGAAAACUUCAUUACGCCGAGCGGCCCUGGAAGCACAACUUUCCAAAGAUGGCAGACGAAAACCUCAACUGCAUGAGGACCUGCCCGGGCAUAAUAAGCUUGUAACUGCCUACGCAGUAGCCGAACAAUUCGACAUUGCUAAAGUCAUGGAGAUUCUCCUAGCGAAGGGGUAUGAACCAGACCCCUUUGAAACUGGACUCUAUCCCCAAGUCAUCCACGUACAAGUACCGCUCGAUUCUAUACGAAGGACUACAAGCCUGGCUGCAUCGGAUCUACCGGCUGACCAGGUGGGAGACGUGUUCAUUUUCCCUUCGGGAACGGUGGUGUCCUGGUCCUUGCCGGAAGGGUUUACGUCUUAUCUCGCAAGCACAAUUCUCUUGCCCGCAGCCGAGAGCCCCCAUGUCGACGAUAUGGAAACGGAACAUCUAGAGUACUCGGAAGAUGCACAGCGGGACAGCAGUACGAUGAAAGGCGAUAAAAUCAUCCUGGGCACAAAACCCAGUACAGAUAACCACCGGCGUUCCGACAGGCAGUCAGUCGAUACAGUUCUCACAAAAAUUGCGUUUUCGUCAGGUUUAGCGCGCAGUACGAAACUGGCUGUUCUGGAAAGCCUGUUGUCCAACUACUUCGACUCAACUCGAACCAUCCCCACCCUCCUCUCCAAAGGAACCCGACUACCCUACUCGCGAAGUUUCAUACUCCGCAAAACCGGCCAACUGCUUAGCAUACGAGCGCAAUUAAACCUCUACUCAGAAUUGACGGACUCUCUUCCCGACCUCUUCUGGGACAGCAGGCACGAACUGGGCCUCGAGGGGAAUUAUGACCAGGUCGGAAGGGCUCUCGAUGUAGGGAUUCGCAUCAAGACCCUCAACGAGAAGAUGGACUAUGCCCAGGAGAUUGCUAGCGUCCUCCGGGAAAGAUUGAGCGAAACACAUGGCUUACGACUCGAAUGGACUAUUAUCUUGCUUAUCGCAGUCGAAGUGGGCUUUGAGGUCCUACGGUUAUGGAAAGAAAAGAAACAGGAGGAAGCAGAGCAUAAAAAUGCUGUUAAUUCGGAAUCUACCAUUCCCUAG